CCAGAAGUCUGCUGGAGAAGUUGUAUCUGUUUCAGGACCUGUCCUGUCUAAGACAUUGCCAUCAGUAUUCAUAACCAGCGUGAGGCAUCAGAAGAGACCCCUUAUGCUGUGGAGAUAAAACUAAUGAGUGAUAAAAGGUGGAAAUAUGCUUGAAAUUUGAAGUAUCCAAUUCGUCCAGCUUCCAUGACAUAUGAUGAUGUUACACAUUUAUCAGCAAAGAUAAAACCAAAGCAACAAAAGGUUGAACUGGAAAUGGCCAUUGACACUUUGAAUCCGAACUACUGUCGCAGCAAAGGAGAACAGAUUGCUCUCAAUGUAGAUGGCACCUGUACAGAUGAAACAAGUACCUAUUCCUCGAAGCUGAUGGACAAACAAACUUUCUGCUCUUCACAAGCUGCAAGUAAUGUUUCCCGCUAUGCAGCUGCUGUUUAUAGAAAAGGUGAACUUCACCUGACUCCGCUGCACGGAAUUCUUCAGCUGAGGCCAAGUUUCACCUACUUGGACAAAGCUGAUGCAAAACACCGCGAAAGAGAAGCUGCUAAUGAAGGUGGUGAUUCAUCCCAGGAUGAAGCUGAAGAUGACGUUAAGCAAAUUACUGUACGGUUUUCCCGCCCUGAGACUGAGCAAGCUCGUCAAAGACGUGUUCAGUCUUAUGAAUUCCUGCAGAAGAGACAAGCAGAAGAGCACUGGGUUCAUCUCCAUUAUUAUGGCUUGAAGGAUAGCCGUUCAGAACAUGAGCGCCAGUAUUUAUUCAGCCAAGGUCACGGCCUUGCUGAGAAUACAGAAUUAAUAAAAUCUCCCAGUGAAUAUUUAAUGAUGCUAAUGCCUCCAAGCGUAGAGGAAGAGAAUAGCAAACCAGUGGCUCCAAGCAACGUGCUUUCUAUGGCCCAGCUGAGAACUUUACCCCUUGCUGAUCAGAUCAAGAUCCUGAUGAAGAACGUGAAGGUGAUGCCAUUUGCAAAUCUGAUGAGUUUGCUAGGCUCUGGGACAGACUCUACAGCAGUUCUCCGCUGCAUACAGCAGGUGGCGAUGCUGGUCCAGGGAAACUGGGUGGUGAAGAGCGAUGUGCUCUACCCUAAAGACACUUCCAGUCCGCAUAGUGGAGUCCCUGCAGAAGUGCUUUGUAGAGGGAGAGACUUUGUUAUGUGGAAGUUCACACAGGACCGCUGGGUUGUACGAAAGGAAGUGGCGACAGUUACAAAACUUUGCCCUGAAGAUGUGAAAGACUUCCUAGAGCACAUGUCUGUGGCAAGAAUAAACAAAGGUUGGGAGUUCAUGCUCCCUUAUGAUGAAGACUUUGUUAAGAAGCAUCCAGAUAUAGUUCAGAGGCAACGUAUGCUGUGGAUGGGCAUUCAGGCCAAAUUAGAAAAAGUCUAUAAUCUUGUAAAGGAACACUCGACACCAAAGAAACAAGAGUCACAAUCAGGCCAUCCAUUGCUGGUUUCUGGGGAGCAAAGAGUCAACAUGGCAAAAGCAAAAGUCAAGCAGAACUAUGGGCAGCUAGAGAAGGAGUUCCAGAAGCAAAAGGCAGAACUGAAAUCAAAUGACACUUCAUCCAAGAUAGAUGUUUCCAAUAUCCACAUUAAAGAGGAGCCUGUGAGUGACGAGGAGCCCAUGGACACCUCAGUGUAUGAAGGCCUGAACAACGGCAUUGUCAACGGCCUCCAUACGGAGGACGACUCCACAGACUCCCUAAAUGGCCACUUGCCUGGAGGCUGCAGCGAUCGGGUAGCCCAAGAACUGAAGGCAUUUGUGUCCUCAACGUUUAAGAAACAAUUUGUGCUCACCUUGAGUGAGCUUAAACGGUUGUUUAACCUUCAUUUAGCCAGUCUGCCUCCAGGACAUAUAUUGUUCAGUGGCAUUUCAGACAAAAUGUUACAGGACAUGGUGUUAGACAUUGGCUGCAAACAGAUUUUGGUGCCUUUUCCUCCACAGACUGCUGCUUCACCAGAUGAGCUAAAGGUUUAUGCACUUUGGGAAGCUGGUGACAUUUAUGAUCAGCAUCGCCAAGUUUUGCUUGAAAUUUUUUCGAAAAAUUAUCGAGUGCGCAGAAAUGUCAUUCAGAAUCAGCUGAGUCAAGACCUCAACAAGCAGGAGGUGGAUAGAGUGCUAAAGGUAAGUUUCUGCUCAGUUGGGGUUUUGAUUCAGUUCAUGCAUAAAUUUUUAACGCUUUGGUUUAACUGAAGGAUCAUGUAUUGCCUUGAAUUGACAAGUGAUUGUGAUCAUGGAACAGUUGCUGUGGGAAAACAGGCAGGGCUUGUUUUUCAGCCUGUUUUCUUUAAAGUAACACUCGUCUCGUUCUACCUUCUCCAAAGAGCAGUGAUUUUGACUCCCCUGUUAUUUGGUGUUAUUGCAGCAAAUCUUUGUUCUUUAUCUUGGACCAGAAGGGAAUAGAGCACAGUAAAUGUCACGCUUCAGAGUUAUUUUUAAAUAAUAUGGAGUUAAGCAUUAAGGCAGUGGUUGCAUUCUGAGUUUACUGAGCUGCCUGCUCUUGUUUCGUGCUGAAGAACAGGUGCCAGAUGUUCAGAAGGAAAUGCAUUAUAUUCUAUAGUAGGUCUUAAAGCAGCGUAGUGAGCAAAACCCCAACUAAAACAAGCAUAGAGUCUUACUUAGCACAUCUCAUAGUGAAUGUUUGAAUCCUUUCAUCUCUGUCUUUGAACAUGAACCAUUUACUUUCUAAACGAGUUCAAGGUAUGAAGUACUGACCAUGCAGGUCGUGAUUGACAAAGGAGAAAGCUGCCAGCUCAUGUAGCACUUCAAUCACUGUUGCUGGGCCUUUGCUCACCGUCACCCACUUCAGUGAGACAAGUGCUUAAGUACUUUAUUACUCUGGGAUCUGUAAGCAGAAUAAUAACCUACUUGAAAAAUUACACAUCUGUUGCAGUGACAGUAAGCAAACUGGUUUUGCUUGAAUGAACCUGUUCUUAGUAUUAAAAUAAGCUGAGAUGUUUCUGCCUGCUAUGCAGCGUUUGGUUUGUCUUGCAUGUACUGGGAGGUUUUUUCAUGGCUUUUCUGGAUCUGGUGUUUUUUAUGGUCCCUUCCAACCCCUACAGUUCUGUGAUUCUGCAAGUGUACACAGUAAAGGUGAUGAAGCGCUGGAACAGGCUGCCCAGGAAGGUUGUGGAGUCUCCUUCUCUGGAGAUAUU